GCGAGUAUGUGCGCUGUCUCUCAAACGCGCAUCUCAACAUAAGUAUUCCACUGGGUUUGAUUACUAAUCUAUUCUGCAGCUUGCCUGUGACUUCGCGAAGUACUUCGAAGUGUACUUCGAAUCACUUCGUUGACAACGAACGCUCCAUACUAGCUACUUUUGCAAGUCUCUAACCCGACUGCUACCUCAUCACGUGAUCAAGAGAUCAUUCUCGAGUAGGUCCACUUUUGAAAGCAACCAAUUGAACAUGCAUCGCGGCGUCGGUCUUGCUGCUUUUGACAAAGAACAACUAUCACAGCGUUUUGCAGAACUGUCUUCAGAGCUCUCAAAAACUCAGGUCGAUAAUCUACAAUCACAACUAACACAAUUCCGAACUGCCCUUUCGCACUUCGCAACGACGCACAGAGAUUCAAUUCGUAGCGAUCCAGCGUUUCGUCAUGCAUUUCAGCAAAUGUGCUCGUCGAUUGGCGUGGACCCGCUCGCUGGACCAAUGAAGGGUGGCUGGUGGGCAGAGAUGCUUGGGAUGGGUGAUUGGCAGUAUGAGCUGGGAGUUCAGAUAGUGGACGUGUGCGUAAGCACAAGGGAGAGGAACGGGGGCGUGAUAGAAAUGGGGGAGCUUGUGCGUAUGGUCAGCAAGCUGCGUGGCGUCGAGAGUGGUGUCAUUACAGAGGAAGAUGUUAUAAGAAGCAUCAAGACACUUCAACCGCUCGGCGCUGGAUACGAAGUGCUUGACGUUGGUGGUGGAAAGAAGAUGGUGAGAAGCGUGGUCAAGGAGCUAGAUGCAGAUCAGGCAGUAAUUCUUGCGGAAGCACAAGUAGAAGGAGGAUGGAUUGUUGAAGCAAUCCUGGAGAACCGUCGAGGAUGGACGAGAGAACGUGCUCGAGCUGCUCUGGAGAACAUGCUUCUUCGAGACGGCCUUUGUUGGCUUGAUUCUCAAGAUGAGCACUAUGGGCAAGUCUAUUGGAUUCCGUCUGCGAUGCGUUGGGACGAGUAAUUCUGUUGCUCGCCAAGGAAAUUCAAUUGCGAUUGAGUCG